ACCGGAAGUCGUAGUAGCAAUGGCGCGUAGCCGUUAAGAAUCGUCUGAGAACAAAACCUCUUAAUAAAGUUUUGGAAUAAAAUUAAAAUGUUGGGUCACUGCGCUGUCCCAAACUGCACUGGAGGAGAGGCCGACUCGCAACCAUUAUUUAGAUUCCCUCUGGACUCGGAAAGGUGUAAACAGUGGUUGGAGAAAUGUCAGCGGGAAGAUCUCAUUGACAAACCUGCAGAGCAACUGUACAAAUAUGAAAGACUUUGUGGAAAACAUUUUCAACCAUCUGCCAUCGAUAGUGAGGGACAGGGCAUAGUGCUGAAGGAUGAUGCUAUACCCACCAUCUUUGAUUCACCAGAAAUGUCUCAGACCGGCCAGGGGAAGAGGAAGGAAGUUGCAAAACCCAAUGAAAAGGAGACAAAAGGAAGAAAAAAGAUGAAAAAAUCUGAGCCUGAACCUGCCACCACUAGUACACAGCCACUGUCAGAAGAAGAUGAGAACAGAGAGUAUCUCAAAUCUGUAUUUGAAAUCAUACUACUGUUAGGAGGACAUAAUGUAUCCCCUACAUACAAAGGAGAGGACUCUGAGAACAGUCCAGCACAAACUAACUUUCAAGCCCUGUUAGAUUAUCGCAUACAAAAUGGAGACGAACCUCUAAGGAAAAAGUGGGAUGAGAAUAAGGAGAAGUUUCCAGAUGAGCUUGACAACAUGAUAGACGUUUGUGAACAAUAUAUCCGUGUAAAACUGUUGGAAGAGGUCAUGCAAAAUGGUCCUUUCUCAUUAAUUACAGAUGAGUUGGUGGUCAUUUCCGGAGAAUUGUUCCUCCCUAUUUUUGUUCGCUUUGUAGAUAAGUCAAACAGCCAACAGGAAAACUUUCUCGGGUUGGUGUCUUUCACUGGAGAAGAGGAUGUCGUAGCUGAGAAAGUACUGAACGAAAUAACUGAAAAAUGGGGAUUGAAAAUGGAGCAGUGCAAAGGCCAGGCCCACUCCUGCUCUGGAACACACUCUAGCAAAAUAAAAAAGUUUGCUGCCAAGGUAACAGAAAAAUUUCCAGCAGCAGUAUUAGCAAUAAGAUCAACUCAAACGUUAAAUAUCUCAUUAGCCAAUAGCAUGCCUUUGUCUGGGGUCCAACUUGUCAUGGCUACUCUUAAGAAUAUUGACACGUUCUUCAGUCGUACUCCCUUGUUGGUUGCAGAAUUUGAACAAGCAAUUACUCUGUUCUAUGAAGACAGAACAGAGAAAGCCAACGUUUUAAAGGGCUACUGUCAAACCAAGUGGACAAGGAGCCACAAUGUUUUCGAGAUCGCGGUUGACAUUUACGAGUCGUUGCUGCUUUGGUUGGAUAGUGUGAACGACAACGAAGAUGUGAGAUGGAGUGAUCAGGUUGCGCAUGAGGCAAUGAUGAUUUCAAAAUCUCUGACUGAUUUUGAGUUCAUAAUGACAUUAAUUGUGUUGAAAAAUAUCACCGCUCUUACACAAGCUGUAGGUAAAAACCUGCUUGGGAAUUCUGGAGAUGUCAGUAGAGCAGCAAGCUCUCUUCCAGCGGUGCUGCAGUCGAUAAAGGAGGUGGCAGACAACAUUGAUGUUUACCAUGAAUUCUGGUAUGAAGAAGCAACCAAUAUUGCAGCUGCAGUAGAUGUUGUGGUCAAGGUUCCUCGGUCUUUUUUGAGAAAACAUUCAGAAUCUGUUGCAAUUCAGCCAGAGAAUUACUACAAAGAAUACGUGUCUUUUGCUGUGGUGAGCGGUGUAUACAAUGAGCUGAGUGAGGUCUUCAGUGAGCAGGUCCUGAAAAUGCUCAAAGGUCUGGCCCUGGUUCCUGCAGCUGUUGAGCAAAACAAAACUAAAUCUGAUGAGGAGUGUGUGGAGGUUUUCAAGAAUGAUGUCCCAAAUGCAGACAGCUUCUCUGCAGAGCUCAAUUGUUGGUGGGUAAAAUGGAGCAAAAAGACCAAACAGGAAUGUUUUCCCUCAAAUAUCCAAGACACACUGCAGCUGGCUGACAUGAAGUUCUUCCCAAAUAUGUUGGCAGUUUUCAGACUACUUGCCAUCAUUCCUUGUUUGUCUCUAGACAGUACUAGCAAUGUGGUGUACCAGCGCUUCACCAGGUACAUGGAAGAAGUCCCAGAUAAAAUGAAAUCAAAAAGUAUUGCAUUUAUGAACAUAAACUCUCAUGUCCAGUCUGAUCUGGAUUCAGUGGUUGAUCUAUAUAUCGCAAAUGAUCCUAAAUAAAAA